UGUGGGUGGGCAUGUGUGAAGAACACGUUGCUGCUAAUAGCCUGUGACACUGAGGAGGCCUCUCACUCAUUGCAACACUGGAUGGUAAUAUGUCGGAUCCGGUCAAACCUCGGACAUCCUUCCUGAUAGAGGACAUCCUCUCCAUGAAAGACAAUGCUGGAAAAUGCUGUCCACAGACGACGGACAAAUGGGAAGAAGAAGCCAAAAAGUUAUCAGAGUCAACGUUUGUAAAGCAGACAGCUGCAUCACUGGACAAAACCUGUCCCAGCACGUCCGAGUCCGACGGCUUCCCAUCAACAGGAAAACCCAAACGCUCCCGAGCGGCGUUCACACACGUCCAAGUGCUGGAACUGGAGAAGAAAUUCAACCACCAGAAGUACCUGUCGGCCCCAGAGAGAGCCCUCCUGGCCAGCCGGUUAAGACUGACCGAGACACAGGUGAAGAUCUGGUUUCAGAACCGCAGGUACAAAACAAAGAGAAAGCAGCAAGCGUCUGAGUUCUGGAAAGACACGUACAAAGUAAAUGGACUGGACCCGACAGCGCUCAUCAGUACUUUCUGCAGGGCGUACCAGUGCAAACCAUACUUGUGGGACUAUGGGGGGCCCUGGAGACCUGUGAUGUGGUGAAAAUUACUUGAAGAUCAUCUAAUAAAAUGUUGACGAGGAAACAUGCUAUGCCACUGUGCUGUUUGAUUGCGUCACAGUAGUCUGUAUAUUUCAUAUUUUGGUCCAUGAUGUGUUCGCAUAAGUCCUUCCGUUGCAGAAAGUUAACAUUAAAUCACUUAAUAACCAUUGAUGGAUUACUAUUAUUUGAGAAUAAAUACCCUUUAUGUGAACAUUAAGACUAUAUUGGCAAUGUGCUACACCACAGGUUCUCAAACUGUGGUACGAGUACCACUGGUGUACAGAGUCUCAAUAUAGUGGUACUCAUAUUAGAGACAUACAAAUCUGAAAUAAUUGUAUAACACACAUUUAUUGACUAAAGUUUUGCUGAAAAAAUG